AUGAAAUUUGAGCCGGAUCGGUCUCUCGUUCAUCCCGCCUAUGGCGUCCUUAAUGUGGUUGGAACUGGCCUUAGGAGGAUUAGUUACUGGUCCAACUAUUCGGGUUUGUCAAUCGUAUCUCCUGAGAUAUUGUAUGCAAAACCACCUAAUAGAUCAAGUGCGAACCAGAAGCUUUACAGUGUGAUAUGGCCUGGAGAAACAGUAUCUAAACCCCGUGGAUGGGUCUUCCCAAAUAAUGGUAGACAGUUGAGAAUUGGUGUGCCUAUCCGAGUCAGAUACUGUGAAUUUGUCUCACCAGUGCAGGAAACUGAGACGUUUAAAGUUUUUUUUUGUGUUGAUGUAUUCACAGCAACUCUGAACUUGUUGCCUUAUGCUGUUCCUUACCAUUUUUGUCCCAUUUGGAGACGGACACAAAAAAAAAAAAAAAAUCCAAGCUACAUAGAACUUGUCAACCUAAUCAAAACUGGUUACUUUGAUGGUGCCAUCAGUGACAUUGCUAUUGUCACAAAUUGGACAAGGAUUGUAGAUUUUACGCAACCAUAUGCAGCAUCGGGACUUGUUGUGGUGGCCCCGUUCACAAAAAUUAAUCCAGGUGGUGGGAACUAG